ACGACGGUGAUACCAGCAAAGGGCUACACCGAAGCAUACUCAGAGGAAGCACCAGUAAAUGACGUGAUAAAUAACAGUAAACGACUUGUGAAGCCCAGUAAAACGACAACGACUCCAAGGGCAACUGAGAAAGAAAAAAAUUAA